CUUUGUUUUUCUUUUAUUAAUGAAGAUUAAUUAAGACAGUUUACAACUUUAAAAACUCUCAUAUCUUGUGGAGCAAACAAUUCUCUACAAAGUGGUAUGCUUUAAGAAUAUUUGCUCAAUCGUCUUCCCCCUUUCAAAACCCUUUUUCAAAUAGCCCCAAAAUCGACUUUUUGGGCUCCUUAUAAAAUAACUGUAUUUUCAUAACUAAUCAGCUUUCAGAGUCGAGACAUUUCUCAUUUUGUAGAGAAAUAUUUAUUCUACUAUAUCAUCUAUUUCGAAUUUGAAAUGGGUUCCUAGCUUUAUUGCAACGAUUCUUUGAAAAUGAGUGAAAAAAGGGGACCGUUAGUCAGACAAGCCGUUAAAUAAUUAUAUUUCGCCUUAAAAAUAAAUGACGUCGGAAAAUCAACUCUUAUAAAUAUACGAAAAGUUUCUAAGCCCAAAAAAACAUUUUAGUUCUACUUGUAUAGCUUAUGGCGCCGAAUCUAGACAUAGUUUUGAAAAAAGCACGUGCAUUAAUCAAUCUCCCAUGUCGAGCGAUUAUCCUCCCGUUUUCAGACUUUUUCUACGUAGUGUAGUUCGUUAGAUCACGUCGUGCACAUUUCGUAAAAAAUAUUACUAAACAAAAACUAAAAUCCCUGCAAUAAUACAUAAUAUCUGUCGACAUAAAAAUAGAAAAUAAUGAUCGUUUUGUAUUUCGAUUCCUUCUUUACUGCUCUUCGGUUUAAAAUUCUGUAGUUGAGUCGGAAAAAAAAUUUUGAGGAAAUUUUUUCAUGUCAAAUGUUCAUUAAAUAUUACAUUUCCUAAUCGAAUAAUGUUAGAUUUAGAACAAAUUUUUUUAACAGAAUUAUUUUGUAAUUUGUGUAAAAAUGAGUACUGCCAAAUAGCAUUCUGUAAAAUAUUAGAUAAAAAUACAGCAAAAACUAUAAAAGACACUGAUAUGGAACUAAUUAAAGGUCAAUUAGCAUUAGUAUUAAAUAAAAUGAAUCAAAUUGAAACACAAUUGUCAUCAUUAGAUAAUCAUGAUCAAGAUCAUAUGUAUAAUGAAUUUUGA